AUGGCUUCUUUAAAUUGGUCAACUACAUUAAUAAUGUAUCUUGAAAGAAAUAGUUCAUCUAAUUAUACAACACAAUGUAUAUUUGAUAUUACAUUUAUUCUACGAUAUGCAGGAACAUUAACAGUUAUACUUGGUCUUAUUGGUAAUUUUCUAUCAAUAAUUAUAUUUAGUCGUAAAGCACUUCGUUCACGUUCAUGUUCAAUGUAUUUUUUAGCAUUAAAUGUAAGCGAUAUUUGUGUAUUAUAUGGUUAUAUUAUAGAAUGUCUUCUUUUUUAUGGUUAUGGAAUACAACUUUUAUCAAAUUCAUUUAUGUGUAAAACAAUUAUAUUUCUUAUUUAUGCAUCAACAGAUAUAUCAAAUUAUCUUUUAACAUUAGCUGCUAUUGAUCGUUGUGUAUUAAUAUCAUAUCGAACUGCACAUUAUCGUUUUUGUCGAAAAUCAGUAGCAAAAUUUUUAAUUGGUUUUGUUAUUUUUCUAUUUAGUUUAAUCAAUAGUCAUUUUCUUUAUGGUUUUCGUGUUGAUCAAAAUGGUUUAUGUUUACCAACAACAAUCGAAUAUAUUUAUUUUUAUGUUCAUCAUUAUGAUACAUAUAUUGAUAUAAUUAAAACUGUAUUAAUACCAUUUUUAAUUAUAUCUAUUUGUAAUACAUUUAUAAUAAUACGGUUAACACGAAAACACAAUACACUAUCUCGUACAGCAUCGACACGUCGAAGUCGUCGUCGUCAAGAAAAAGAUCGACAAUUAACGAGUUUUCUUUUAUUAACAUCAAUAUUAUUUAUUGUAUUAUCAUUACCAUCAGAAAUCAAUGAUUUUUUACGUACAAACUUUACUCGUCAAUUUCAAAUACAAUAUGCAUGUCAAUUAUGGACAAGUACAAUAAUACUUAUACUUUUACAUCAAAUAAAUCAUGCAUCACAUUUCUAUGUAUAUACAUUAACGGGUCCAAUAUUUCGAAAAGAAUUUAAAAAAUUUCUUUGUCCAUAUCGACAAACUUUGCAUAAAAAUGAUUUAUAUGAUUAUUCUCGACGACAAUCAGCAACAAGUCGUUUUACACAUCAUGAUGAUGGUGAUGAACGACGAUUAAGUUUUUUUCUUAAACAAACUCAUUCAUUAGGACGUGUAAGUUAUAAAUCUGAUGUUUGA